UAAAGCACGAUUUAACAGUUUAGCUGAUGAGGAUUUUGAACCGUGCGGCGGGAUUGACACCGAGGAGAAUUGUUUUGAGACCACAGGACCACUUGCCAGUGUGCGGUUUGCAGUUUUCGGUCUGGGUUCACGUGCAUACCCACACUUCAUUGCUUUUGCCCGUGCCAUUGACACAAGACUGGAGGAGCUGGGAGCAGAAAGAAUCCUACCAAUGGGAGAAGGGGACGAACUGUGUGGACAGGAGGAUCUCUUCUGUGUUUGGUCCAAGAACAUUUUCAAGGCAGCCUGUGAAGUUUUCUGUAUCGAUGAUGAUCAUGGUGGUCAGGAUGAUAAGAACUCAAUUUUCCACAACGACAGCACCUGGAAACCAAACAAAUAUAGAUUUUCUAUAGUGGCUGAGGUGACAGAACUAGCAGCAGCUCUCUGUCACUUGCACAAGCGGAAAGUGGUUGAGACACGAAUUAUCUCCAGGCAGAAUCUCCUGCAUGAGAGCUCUGGUCGAUCAACCAUCCUGGUUUGUCUUCAAAUUGGAGACACACAGGAGCUGAACUAUGUUCCUGGAGAUCAUGUGGGGAUCCACCCAACCAAUCAGGAGGAGCUGGUUGAGAAGGUGAUGGAGCGGAUGGAGGAGUUGCCAGCUUUUAAUGACGUCAUCCGUGUGGAGACAUUACUGGAAACGCAAACCGAACAAGGACCCCAGCGUAAGUGGGUGUCGGAGAAGCGGCUCCCACCCUGCACAGUGUUCCAGGCACUCUCACAUUUCCUCGACAUCACAACACCACCGUCCCCUGAACUGUUAGAGUCCUUUGCAGAACUCGCAACAGAUCCCAAAGAGAAGAAAGAGCUGGAAGAAUUGACUCAGGGGACACACAAGUAUGAAGAUUGGAAAUGGGAAUGUGUUCCUACUAUCGCAGAUGUCCUUGAGGAGUUCCAGUCUGUCAGAGUGCCAGCAAGUCUGCUCCUCACCCAACUCCCUCUGCUUCAGCCUCGAUAUUACUCCAUCAGCUCAUCACCUGAUGUCUAUCCAUCUGAAAUUCAUUUAACUGUUGCAGUUCUCAAAUAUCGAACCAGACGUGACCAGGGUCCAGUGCGACAUGGAGUGUGCUCCUCCUGGCUGAAUCACAUCAGUCCUGGUGACACUGUUCCAUGUUUCAUCAGAAGAGCUCCACUGUUCCACCUGCCAUCUGAUAUUUCUGUCCCGUGUAUGCUUGUGGGCCCUGGGACUGGGAUUGCUCCUUACCGAAGUUUCUGGCAACAGAGAUUGUAUGAGAUUGAAAACCAAGGAUGGAAGCCAUGUGCAAUGAUACUGAUCUUUGGAUGCCGUCACUCUCAAAUGGAUCAUCUUUACAAAGAAGAAGUGAUGGUGGCGAAGGAGAAGGGAGUUUUCAAAGAAAUUUACACUGCAUACUCAAGAGAUCCAGGUUGGAAGAAGGUGUAUGUACAGGAAAUCAUUCAAACUCAGCUACCUGUUGAGCUGUUCCACAUCUUGAAUUCAAUGAAGGGACACCUGUAUGUUUGUGGUGAUGUUACGAUGGCUCAAGAGGUUGCAAAAACUGUCCAAGAAAUUAUUGCUGCCCAGGGAGAUAUGAGUUUAAAUGAUGCAGCAACUUAUAUUGCAAAGCUGCAGGAUGAAAAUCGCUACCAUGAAGAUAUAUUUGGAGUAACGUUACGAACCCGGGAGGUCACCACAAAAAUCCGAUCAACAUCUUUGACAUGUUGGCAGGGAACAAAGUCAAUGAUUGGCUCUGCUUAACUCAUUGAGAUAAGCAGUUUUUGCCUGAAAAUCAAAACCUUUCGCAAAGGAAUCAGACAUUUUUGGACUGUCAUUAAAGCAGUAGUUAAAUACAUCUGCAGAAUUUUACAGCCAACACUUUCAGCAUUUGGUAUUGGGUGCAUAUGAGGGAAUGUUACAACCUAUUAUAUAGAAUGAUACAGGAUUUCUGAAUGUUAAAGCUUGUCUUUCCACUGGAUAUUGUCUGAUAAUUACUUGUCACUAUAUUUUCAAGUGUAUCCCAGUGUAUUUCAGAAAUAAAACUUAUACAAUGUUCAUUUCCCAAAACAAGAUUUUCUGAGGGUUAAACUGCUUCAGUGUCCAAAAUAUGCAGUUCUCUUCCUCCCACCCCCCUCAGCAUCUCUUGCACCUGUGUCCCUUAGUCCUUGUGCCAUUUGCUAAUGGACACACCUUUUCUUACACUGACUUACAAGUCAUAAUUUUGUACCGUUCUUUUGAAUCUCCCCUCAAUUUUCUUUGCUCCAAGGAAAAUAAUCAGUUUCUCCAACCUAAGCUUGUCACUAAAAUCCCUCAUCCCUGGAAGCAUUCUGGUAAAUCUUCUCCGCACUCACUCAAGGACACUUACACCCUUCUUAAUGUGUGGUGACGAGAACUGGAGACAACAUCAAAACAGUGGAACAUCACAAAUCAAUGCUUACCUCACUGAGAUAAGCAUUUGUUGCCAGAAAAUCAAAACUUUUCACAAAUGAGUCAAAAAUUGUUGGACCUAGCCACAGCUUUAUAAACAUACAACAUAAAUACCAGGACUGUCCUUACAUCCUUUCUUGAAUAAGGGAGUCACAUUUGCCACUUUCCAAUCACCCGGCACCUUCCCCGUAUCUAAUGAAGAUUGGAAGAUUAUGAAAAGCACUUGUAAUCCCUCUACCCCUACUUCCUUUAGCAACCUGGGAUGUAAGCACACACUAAGUAUAUGCAGCCUUUCCAGUACCUCCUGCUUAUCAAUUUUCACCUCAUCCAUUACCUCUACCAUCUCCACUUCCUUAUUUUGUCUUUUUUGCAAUGUUCCUGUUUGUACCUGAAACAUCACCUCCUUACUUAUCACCCAUUCUUUUGUUACACUUUAUCCAACCAGUCAUCUAAAGCAGUACUUACAGCUAAACCAAAUGCAUUUAGUCGGAGGGCUUAAUUACAUUUCAGUGCAAGAUCAGUAUCAUGAGGGUUUAGAUCUUAAUCAAAUCCCAAGUUCCACGUCCCACGUUUAUCCUUUUCCACCUGACAAUUCAUAUUUUUCUGUUACGUAUACAACUCCAUAUAUGAGAAAUGUUCAUGAUUUUCUCCAUUAUCAGUAACUAUAGAUUUAACAAGCUCUUAUUCCACUCAGCAGUAUAAUUCUCCAACUCUAGCUUUCUGAAAAGGAUGACAUUUUCUGUUGAACUAACCUGCUUUCAAUUGAUUAAACUUCUCUGAAAUCUC